AGUAUCUACAUGACUUGGGUACCUGCUCUUAGGCGGAGCCCUGCCCAAGGUAGGCGCUCGCAUAGAGGGGUCCCACGGCCUUUAGUUACCUUCGGUACCUAGCCCUGCCUGCAUCAGCCACCUCAAGAUAGGUACCCCCCAAGCACCUAGGUACCUGGCCUAGGCAGAUCCUUUACCUGGCCAAGUGUAGAGCUGGCUCGUCUCCAAGGCUCCCACCUGCGCGCGUCAGAGCUCCUCCAAAGCUAUCCGAUCCAACUUCACUCUUCCCAACGAGACGAUAGCCUAUACCUACUCCUCUGCAAACUCCUCGCCAGCUCUCGACUCUUCGCCAGGUCCAGGCCGACUAAUAUCACCCUCCACCGUCGUCGCCCCCUCUAGCGGCCAGCCUAGCGAUCGUCCUUCACGAUGUCGGGAGGAAACGCAGGUUUCGAUAGACACAUCACCAUCUUCUCCGAGCAAGGCCGGCUUUACCAAGUCGAGUAUGCGUUCAAAGCUAUCACCGCCGCGAACAUAAUGUCCAUCGGCGUCCGGGGCAAGGACUGUGCCGUCAUCCUCUCGCAAAAGAAGGUCCCCGACAAGUUAAUCGACCCGUCGUCCGUCUCGCACAUCUUCCAGAUCUCACCGUCGGUGGGAUGCGUUAUGACUGGGUCAAUUGCGGACGCUCGCGCCUUUGCGCAGCGUGCUCGGGGAGAGGCUGCUGAGUUCCGAUACAACUACGGGUACGAGAUGCCAUGUGAUGCGCUAGCCAAGAGAUUGGCCAACAUCAGCCAGGUUUAUACUCAGAAAGCAUACAUGCGCCCUUACGGUGUGGCUACAACGCUGAUAUCAUUGGACUCUGAAUUUGGCCCGCAGCUCUACAAGUGCGACCCGGCAGGCUACUUCGUCGGUUACAAGGGGACCGCCGCAGGUCCGAAGCAGCAAGAGGCGCUCAAUCACCUAGAGAAGAAGCUCAAGAACAAGGACCACGCGGAGGGCACAUGGGAAGACGUCGUGGAGUUGGCCAUUACGACUUUAAGCACGGUUCUGAGCAUGGAUUUCAAGAAGGGCGAAAUUGAGAUCGGGAUCGUGGGAGGCCCUCGCACGGAUGGCGAAGGUUCAGAUGCCCUCUUCCGGACGUUGACCGAGGAUGAGAUCGACGAACGAUUACAAGCCAUCGCCGAGAAGGAUUAAGAUAUGUAAGGCGGCUGUGGCACGAGGCUACGUUUUUUUACUCAGCGCAGCCAGCCGAUUAGCUUACGCUGACAAAUCUAGUAUGUCGUUGUGUGGAAGCGUGAGCUCGCGCUAUAUGCUGGGUGGUCGUCUCCGUGUGUGAGAGAGCAAGAGAAAGAGAGUCGGUAGUUUUAGACGUACGGUCAACGAGGCCUUUGACGCACCAUCGCAGCCAGCCAGUCGAUACGUCGACCAUCGCGACAUGAUGCCCCAACGCGGGAGGCAUUGCCCUAAGGUGGCUAUAGCUGAAGAUGUGCCGUCGAUUCGGGGAUUCAGGUGGUGGCGAUAUGGGCGAUCUGGGACGGAUAGAGCCCUGGCGGUGAAUAAUGGUCGUAGAAGGUCACCGUCCCAGCGCACGUGUAACGUACCGAUCAGGUCAGCAAGCGAGAGCAUAAGCAGGAUAGGCCGGGGCCUCGCGGGAUGUAAAUCCAUCUGUUUCGACCGCGCGCCCGGGGUCGUGGGCGCCGUCGAAGCCAUCCGCCAAGAUGGCCUUACCUCAAAAUCUCCGACCCACGACCCACGGCAGUGGUGCCUCGUGGGAAUUUUGGGGGAGCC